AAUCCAACCAACAUCUCCAGCCUCGAGUUCAGCCUCUAUUUCUUCCUGCAUAUUUAUUCUACACCCCCAUCUCUUCUCUGAUAUCUACCUUCACUACUAUCUUACUUUGACUUACAGUCAUUUCGCUCUCUUGCUUUGAAGAUGUUGCCCAAAUCCACCCGCUUCCUCAUUUCUGCUUUGCUUUCUGUUGGAGUCGCUCGUGUCUUCGCGAGGCUCAUACCUUUGACUGAAAAUGGCUCCACGUUGGACGAAAGGGGUGGUCUCCUCUCGGAAUUGUCUCCUACGUCUAUCUCUAGUAUCUUUGGUGACCCUACCCAUACCCUUUCUGAGAAACUGGCUAUGGUCGACUCUCUGCUAAACGAGCCGGGCUUGGCUGACACUGUCGACAAAACUGCCCUAUCGGAGGCUCUACUUAGCGGGACUGGCUUGUCGAUGGAUCCGCUCAACGAGAAUACAUUAACCAAUUCCCUACUAAACACGACCGGUUUGGCAACUUUGCAAAACAUACUUCAAUCCCGCACUGUAUACAUUCCCAAGAUAACCCACCCAAAGAGCGAGACGGUUUGGGUUAGACAUUCUAAGGUUACAGUCAAGUGGGAGACGCACGACCCGCCGAAAGAGAUUACGAAUCGGAAGGGAAAGAUCGUACUAGGCUACGUGGAAGAUGGCACUGAUGAGCACCUCAAUCUUGAUCAUCCACUCGCGGAAGGAUUCGAUAUCAUGGAUGGUAGCAUCGAAGUCCGCGUUCCGGACGUUGAAUCCAGGAAUGACUACAUCGUUGUCCUGUUUGGUGACUCAGGCAAUAGAAGCCCAACCUUCACCAUCAACUAACUGGCUGCGGUAUCUGAUCGAUUCUUGGGCGCAGUUCUGAAUCUCUGCAACCUGGAUGUUAUUCUUGCUUUGGUUGCCGCCUUGUCUAUAUAAUACCUCAUUUUGCUCUUCU